ACAACUGCAGCUUCAAACAGUAGAGCAAAUAGUAGUUGUACCCAGCAGCACGGCGAUAGAGAAGUGGGCGUAGGUACUGAUCACGAAGAAGAGGAUCAUGGGGGCUAUCACGAUAAUUAUGUUGAGCAACCAGAGGUUCCACGACCAUAUUC